CUGCGUUGGAGCUAUCAUCUUGGCCCUGGUCUUUUUUGCCGGACUGGACCAUGAGGAACCAUUGUUGUCCCCCUCAAACAACAAUGCGAACCUCUGGUUAAUAUCCCAUUCGUGGAGGCGAGUGGAAACGGGGGGUUCGGAUCGGCCUGUUUUGAACCACUGAAGUCUGAAUCAACCCCAGUUGUCGCUUCAGGGGUCCAGAGUCCAGACAGAUCAGUUCCGUAUACUCCAUGACCUUCUCAGGGUGCGUAGAAUUCACAUAUAAAUAGCCCGCGAUGCGCCGGGGGGAUUUGUAUCUUCUGUCUUCGUCCAGUCAACAUUCUUUCUCUUUUCUCUCUCUUGUUUCUAUCUUCUUGUAGUGCUGUGCACACAACUUUCCCUGGCGGAGUCAUACACAAAACGUCUUACCUUCUUUAUACACAUCGAAUUACUUUUCCUUCCAAACAAAUCUUUCAGCCCACUCAUUCCACAUUCAUCAUGAAGAUUUCUGCUGUCAUUGGAGCUGUCGUCGCCAUCUGCGUCGCCCCGGCUGUUGCUUUAGGCCAAGGUCAAGCCACGAGCGUCCCUGCGUCUUCUGCCACUCCCACUCCUUCUGUGACGCCUUCCAUUACUCCUUCGCCUAUUCCGUCGAGCAGACCUCUCCCCUCAAAGGCUUCUAUCUUCACGUUGUCGACUCCAUGCGCGAGCGUGAGCGACGUUCCUCUGCCCGAGUUGUUCCGCAUGGCCCAGAACGCUCAGAGGGAUCGGGACGCUCAGAAGGAUCAGAACGCUCAGAAGGAUCAGAACGCUCAGAAUGGUCCGGCUGCCACUGCCUUCCCGUUCAAGCGGUCCCACCCCCGCCAGAAAUCCCGUGCGCCGGCCAUCUCGACAUUUGGAUUCUCCCCGCCCGCUUCUCUCCUCCGCGAGAUCCUCCGUCGUGUCAUGAAAAGGUGCCUGGGUCCAGCUCGUCUGCCGUGUCUGGGCUGCAGGUUCAUCUCACCUCCUCCUUCGAUAUCGCACCCUCGCGCUCUACUCCCACGAGCCCGCCAGGUCGGGAGACCUUUCCCGGGGAGGCGACAAUGGAGUCGCCCGUUCUCCGCGCACACCAGGCCUCCGAUCGACCGCCGAUUACUCGAGAAGCAUGUUCAGCUAGAGAUGAAGAGAUGUCCGGUUCCGGGGCCGCAAGAGAAAAACCCUGAGGCAUGGCUCUCACUGCUGGACCAAUACAUUCCGCCGUCGUUGCGAAAAUCCCCCGAGGAUGCCGCGCCGGAUGCUACUGCGUCGGACGGUACGGCCGCCAGCGCGGCCGACUCGCUGAUACAGACGAUCGAGUUGACCAAUCUGCUUUUCCAUGCGAGGAUGUCGGGAAACUUGGGCCUUUUGUCACAGCUGGGAUUUCGGAAACACAAUUGGCCUGCGGUUCACGCCUUGUUGAACCGUUUGCUGGAUGCCGCGGACACCCUCAACGAGGUCGCAGUCCCAUCCCGGCCGCUGUCUAAUCUUGACUGGGGCUUGGGCUCGUCGGAAUCGCUGGAUGAACUGACUGCUAAGCGACAAAAACCGGUACCACGGCUCGUGCCGGGCUCAGAGGUACCGCUGGUUCCUGGAUUUACUAGCCUUGACGCGAUAACGGAGCGACCGCUGGCAGAUGACCACUCGAAGCGGUUCAUGGCAGAACUGUGGCCGUCUCUGGGCUCGAUUAUACUUGAUGCGGCCGAUGCACCUCCCAGUGAAGCGAAGCUGGCCAUGUCCUAUGUCUUCCAAAUUCUGGCUCGCAUGCACCACUCCGGUGCGGUCUCCGACAGAGUGUAUAAGUACGUCCCUGGGGAGGAACUCUACAAGAACACCCUUCGACCUCCGGGUAUCCACUUGCUUUCUACCCAUAUUGUGAGUGUCCUGUCGGAUGCGGCCUGGCUAGUGCACGAAGCAGAAGUCGCAGCCAAGGCGGCGGCAGCGGGCGAAGACUCCCCUUACGUACCAUUCAAGAUGGGUAUUCGCGAAUUGGGGCCGGAAAUCUGGCUGGAAUUCAUCCUCUGGUGCUGUGUGGAACACGGUCAUGUGACAGAAGGCAUAUGGCUUAUAGAACAGAUGAAAAAGCGGAAAGGGGACCAGGCGUGGGGAUUCCGAAGUUGGAAACCUCUUCUGGAAGAUUCAACUUUGGUGAGAGACACCAACAUCGACCGGGAAGACUCGUGGCGCCAGCCGGGUAGUGACCUUCGCCCCUCGACCCCACGGAGACGGGUUAAUUCGACUCCUUUCAAUGGGCUGGGGAAGCGGACGGUCAGUGAGGAAGUCGUCGCUUCGUUGCUAGACAACCUCCCCAACCUGGUAUAUCUAGGACUCGGUUUUCGAGGCGUCUCGCCAACGGCACUCAUCCGCUCCGCGUCGUCGUUGAAGUUCGCGUUAACGCCGUCCAGUUCCGACAGCGAGCUUCUCCCAACGUCCAGAUCGUCCAAUUGGUUCACCGUGCGUGUCCUGGAAUCGGGUGGCUUCGACGCAAAGAGCGAUCCUCAAGCCUUUGAAAACCUCCUAAGACUUACUCCUCACGUCGUACCCCCUUGGGAAAGCAAUCUAGAGUUGAGGGACGAGGAUCUGGAUCCCCUUACUCCCUCUCAGCUCUACGAUGAAACUGCGGCCUUGUCUGGACUGAUCGAAUACAACAUCCGAUAUUACGCCUUGCAGCGACUCUGUGGCGAUGCUAUCAAUGCUUUCGAGUGGUUACAGGCCGUGACUGACGCGAGUAAGAUGCAACGCAUCGGCGACUUUUUUUCCUCAUCGAUACUAGAUCAACCCAGGGUGGACUGGUUCCCUACGUUUGACAUGGCCCGCCUUCCCGCCCUGCGGGUGUUCGAGUCCUCAAUCCCGCAGGUCUCAAACAUCACACUGGCCCAUAUGCUCGACCUAGUCACCGUGUCUCGAGAGUAUGCAUUCGGCGAGUGGAUGCUCUUCUCCAGCGACAUCGACGGUUCCCCUAUCCCUCCCAGCGCCUACGGUGACCAAGCACUAGCCCCCGCGAUCAUCCGGUUCGCGGCAGCCACAAAGAACACCGCUCUCUGCGACGCCACCACCUCCUCUCUCGGCCAGCCCCUCUCCGCAAACAUCCUGCGCACUCUACUCAACUUCCGGAUCGCAAUGGGCCAAUGGGACCAGGUCGUCCCAAUGCUCGAAUACCUGCGCGAAUACCGCGCCAAAUCCUGGGGCCACAGCAACGUCGCAGCGCUCGCAGCGGCGAUCAUCCGUCUCGAGCACGCCGCUCAACAGAACCCCGCCGAUCCACAAACAACAAACGAACUCACCCAAGCAAAAGACAUCCUCCGCCGACUCCUAAGCGGCGAAUUCAACGAACCCCACCGCCACUCCGAAACCCACUACCAAGACCGCUCCCUCCACGGCCUCAUCCGCCUCUUCCGGUCCAUCCCAGGCGGCUCCCUCAAAGACACCGCAACAGCCGCCUCCACCGCCCUCCGCGCCCGUUUCUCUCCCUCCCCGCACAGCGCAAUCCCCUACAUCCCGGCCGCAACCUUCCACCCGAUCCUCUCCGCCAUAGUCGACACGCAGGGCAGCGCAGCCGGCAAGCGCCUCUGGGACAGAUGGUGCCUCGACCUGAAGUCGCCAACUCUCCGCCGUCUCCAAGAGGGCGGCAUCCCCAGGCUAUACCUGAACAAAGAGCGCAACCGCGCGCGAGGCGACCCACACUUCGACGCGCAGUACUUCAAACAGAUCCAAAGCAAGGCCGUGCUUCCCAACGCUAAUACCAUCCGCAUCAUCGCCCAGGCGGCUUUGAAGGAAUACAACGAGUACCAGUCUUCUUCUACCUCCUCGUCUUCCACAGAAUCAACUCCACCCGAACAAGCGGCCGCCAACAGCGAUAGGCACAACCCCGCCCGACCAAUCCUCGAAUUCUGCAUCGAGAAAUUCGAAACCUUCCGGGUUCGCCGCCGCGAGAUCAACCGCGAGGUAGGCGGUUUGCUCUAUCGACGACGGAGGGAGAGGGGUCAGUCUAAGACACGUUGAGGGGUGCUUUCCGCUGUCUAAAAUGGUGACUAUAUUACUCUUAUACAGUUUCAGCAUAUGUAUUAUCUAUAUACAAGAUUUCUAGCGUCUGUUCUUUGUUUUGACCACUGUGAU